AUGACGGCAUUGGCGGAUCAUCACUUUGAGAGCGGGCAUGACUUUCAGUUUGACGCUGCUCAUAUUUUAGACUAUGAAUCUCAUUUUCUAAAACGUAACAUCAGUGAGAUGUUUUUCAUUAAAGUAUUUGAUUACGUCAACUUUAGGUCUGAUACUCAGGGGUUAAGUUCAUCAUACAGGAUUACUUUAAGAUAA